AUGCCAGCCACCCUUGCCAAACAGCGGAAGCUUGCCAUUGUCGGCAGCCGCUCUGUCGGCAAAUCCUCGCUCGCGGUCCGCUACGUCGACGGGCACUUUGUCGAGAGCUACUACCCGACCAUCGAGAACACCUUCAGCAAGGAGAUCCGGUACAAGGGCCAGGAGUUUGCGACCGAGAUCGUCGACACGGCCGGGCAGGACGAGUACAGCAUCCUCAACUCGAAGCACUUCAUCGGCAUCCAUGGCUACAUGCUCGUCUACAGCGUCUCGUCUCUGCAGUCCUUUGAGAUGGUGCAGGUGAUUCGCGACAAGAUCUUGAACCACCUUGGCACCGCAACCGUCCCAAUCUGCAUCGUCGGCAACAAGAGCGACCUACGGCCCGAACAGCGCCAAGUAACCGCCGAGCAGGGCAAGGCCCUGGCUGAAGAGUACGGGUGCGCCUGGACCGAGGCGAGCGCGCGGUACAACGAGAAUGUGGCUCGCUCGUUUGAGCUGCUGAUUGGUGAGGUUGAGAAAUCACAGAACCCUGGGGAGCCAUCUGGUGGGGGGAAGUGCGUGGUUAUGUGA